AAUUACCCAGGAAUCCGUUCACAAUAUGGCAGCGCCCAUGGAAUUGCGACCUUGAAUUUCUUUGUGCCGAAAAAAAACAGUGUCUUGCAGAAAACGGAGCAUUGAAUUCGGAUAGAAACGCCAAUCUACUGGAGCAGGCAGCAAUCAUGGCAGACGGUGCUGACGAUCCAACCGAGCCGAAAAACCUCGACGACUUCCCCGGCGAAGAUGACGGCACGUGGAGAUACUGGUUUGAGAAGAACAUCAUCCUGUGGGUGGCCAAGGACCCCUACGGCUUCCUGUACACGGUGUUUCUCUUCCUGACACCACUGUUCAUCAUCAGCGCCAUCUUGUCCUACAUCCUGAUGAAGGACAUUGACAAGAAAGAGAAAGAGAAGAAGAGGAAAGCGAAGCGGGAGGCCAACAUCGCUCGCGCUCGAGGUCGGUCCUCCAAGAAAACCGAUUGAUUGCUGAUUUUUAUUUGGUUUUAACCCUGGCAAAGCAGAGUGCUGCUUUAUAUUGUGUUGAUAAUGAUAUCCUUUCUGUUGUUUUUAUGUUGAUUCACUGCGUAGAGACGGUUGUGUAGUAAACACGGUAAACUGCUGUCAAUUCGCCGUCACACUCUUAAGGCUACAUGUAAGUGUUUAAAAAAAAGCUUUAUGAAUUAGAAAUAGAGGC